AGAUAAGAUAAUCUAAAUGCCACCACACACCAUACUCUCAAACAUUUCCUACAUGCAAAUUCCCCAAAAUAACUAACAUUUUUUAUUUCCAAAUCCUGAAAAAUCAAGAAAAUAAUGAACACAACUCUUCAGCUUAACUCCUAUAAUUUAGCCUCCUUGAAACCUUCUUACAAUUUCAAACAUUCUUCUUAUGCAAACAAUAACAUUUGCCAAAUCCAUAAACCUAUCAAUAGUUUCUGUAAAAUGAAGAUCAGAGCCGUUGGUAACGUUCCCGAAAGUAAAUCGGACGACAAACAUGACACUCCUGAAGAACCACCUUCUGUCAAGUUUGCAUUUGUUCAUUCCGUGUUACUACCGGAUGGAACUCCUGAUAUUCAUUUUCGUAGUACGUGUGGUGGUCAAAAACUCAGAGAAAUAAUGUUGGAUUCAAAUAUUGAUUUAUAUGGACCGUAUGCUAGACCUCUGCUAAACUGUGCAGGAGCAGGAACUUGUGCAUCUUGCAUGGUGGAGGUUAUAAUGGGGAAGGAGCUCCUUAACCCUCGUACAGAAACAGAGAAAGAAAAGCUCAAAAGGAAACCAAAAAAUUGGAGACUUGCUUGCCAAACUACAGUCGGUAAUCCAGAUUCUAGAGGGCUGGUUGUGAUCCAGCAAUUGCCAGAGUGGAAAGCUCACGAAUGGAAGUAUGAGAAACUAUUGUCUGAAGAGUUAUUGCCCCCUGAAUUUUCCAAGUAAAAUCAAUUUUUAUGUACUUAUUGUUAAUUUAGUUAUGUCUUUUUAUCUAUAAUGUCAUGGAAAUUUUUUACUUUUCAUUUUCAUUUUCUGAUAAUGGAACACUAAACACAAUCAUAGGGUCGACAGAAGGAUGGAAAUGAAAAUGUGAGACAUUAUAUUAAUUUUUUAAUAAAUUAGUGUAAAUAGCCCUGUAAA